UGUUCAUGAAUGUUUGUGUUGAAGUUCUUCCAGUGGUUGCAUUGAAUUGAAUGGGAGUCUCUCUGCAGCAUCAGUGCAUGAAAGAGUGAAUGACAUGAGUGGAGUUUGUUCUGCUGCUACUUCCUGAAUGUUUGCAGUUCAGAGCUGACUGCUUUCAUCAGGAAACAGUGAAGUCUGCUCAGUUAGUUUGAUCUCUAAAGAUGUCCACACAAACUGAAGCUGCAGCAGAUUGGAGAGUGAAAUUUAGCAGAAAUCUUCAUCCAGAUGGAAGAGAACAAAGUGAGGUGGAGAUGUUAGAUGAUGAAGAGCAGCACUCUGAUCAUGGAUUACAACAAACUGAAAAUCAGAAGCAGAAGAAUCUUCAAGCUGAGAGAAGAAACUGUUUCAGAGUUUUCAAGUUUUCUCUGGGAGUUUUCUAUUUUCUGAUUCUGGCUGGACUCAUGACUCGCUAUCUACUGGUGUCUUUGGAAAAAAACAGACUGAAAACUGAACUUUCAGGCAUCAACAAAACUCUUUUGGAUGAAAUAAAACAGCUGAAAAAUCAGGUUGAAGAGAAACGGUGUCCUGAUGUAUGGAGAAGAUUUGGAAGCAGCUGCUACUAUAAAUCUACUGAGAAGAGAAAUUGGUAUGGCAGCCGGAGUUUCUGUCAGGAUGAAGGAUCUGAUCUGGUGGUGGUAAACAGCAAAGAGGAACAGCAACAUUUCAAAGAAACGUUGUGAUGGAACACAGAAACUCUUUUUCCCACUUCUAAUGUCUUCAAUUCCAAAUAGGCUAAACUGGGAUUCAGUAGAAAUGGACUGUUGGCCCUGAAGACAAAACAAGAAGCAAAAACUAAAUGAACAGAAAUCUGCAUCAAAGAAAGUCAGAUUUUGUUCCUCAGAUGAACUUUCUCUCAGUUUUUAGGACAAUUAUCCAGAACAGAUGAAUCCUAAAGACCAGACAUUUUUUUACUGGACAUUUAGUGUGAAAGGAAACCAAGAUGGAGAGAAUGUAUUAAGAAAGAACAUUUUCUUUUCUUUACUAGGAGUUUGUUUCUGCAUUGAAUCAGAAAGCAGAAUCCUGGAUCGGACUGUAUGCUGGAAGGUCAUACCAGAAACAAAAACAGAAAUCUGAAUGGAAAUGGGUGGAUGGAUUACCACCGACAGAAACGUUCUGGGAUGAGAGGAUUCCAAAAGAUCCGGACAACGACGAUGCACUGUUCUUAAGUGCUGACGGGAAAUGGGAACAACUGCACAAAACAAACUUCAAAAACUGGAUCUGUGAGAAAAAAAAUUCUAAAUCUUUCUGUUUCUGAGCUGUGCAUUAAUUUAACUGUUUAGUAUGUAACUACAAAUAUGUUUUAUUUUUUAUUUAUUUUCAUUUACGUCUACAUAAUAGUGCUUAAAGGAAGGUUGUUUUUCUAGUUUAUUGUAAAUUAUUCAGAGAAAUAAAG